AUGGACAUUGAGGUGCCUGCCAUGCCACGGUUGGCACCUCCUGAGUCCACUAUACAGAACUGGCUUCUGCCGGGGUCAUCUGACAGCAAUGGGGGCAACAAAAGGACAACAAAAGAAGGAUUUGGUGAUUUGAGAUUCCAGAACUUCUCUCUGCCGAAAAAUAGGUCAUGGCCACACCUCAGCAGUACCAAAGGCCGGUGUCGGGCGGUUCUUGAACCUCUUCCGGAUCAUAGAAGGAACUUGGCUGCAGUCCUGGAUGGAGGAAAAUGCCACAGUGAUGAUGACUAUGAAGAUCCUGAGCUCCAGCUGCUAAAGGCAUGGCCAUCGAUGAAAAUUUUACCAGCCAGACCUAUACAGGAAUCAGAAUACGCAGACACACGCUACUUCAAGGAUAUGAUGGAGGCUCCCCUUCUGCUACCCCCCAAGGCUUCUGUUCCCAUUGGGAAGCAAAUCUGGAAUAUAGGGAUGAGGCGACAGGAAGAAGUCUUUUACAGGGACAAGCCCAUCUCCAAGGAUGUCAGAAGCCAACACUUUAAAGGAUUCAAAUACACAGAGGUGAACAAGAUUCCUGUGCCGCCUCCCCGGCAGAUUAGCUCAAAAGACUUUGGUAAGUUAUUCACCAUUAUCUUUUUUAAUUCGAUGCAGGUCCUUGGAGCAGAAGAAGGAUCUUAUCACCAGACAAAGCCAGGACCUUCUUGCCCAUCACAAAACCAAAACACUCAGAAGAGUCCACCUGACAUCGCCAGCUCUUCCUACAUGCCAGCAAAGCACACUGUACACGUCAGAGACCAUACAGGCAUCAUGCAACACCGUCCUCAGAGAUGCCAAGCUGCAGCCAGCCCCAGCCCUCAUGAUCGUGUGCUGCCCUAUGAAAACACAAACACGGAGAAACCUGUCCCCACCAAGCCUGAUGAAAAGGAUGUCCAGCAGAAUGAAUGGUACAUUGGAGAAUACAGUCGCCAGGCAGUGGAAGAGGUGCUGAGGAGAGAGAACAAGGAUGGUACCUUUUUGGUCCGAGAUUGUUCCACAAAAUCCAAGGCAGAACCCUAUGUUUUGAUGGUGUUUCACAGAAACAAAGUCUACAAUGUGAAAAUUCGUUUCCUAGAGAGCAAUCAGCAGUAUGCUCUGGGGACAGGACUCAGAGGAAAUGAGAUGUUUGAUUCUGUGGAAGACAUCAUCGAACACUACAAGUAUUUUCCCAUUAUACUAAUAGAUGGAAAAGACAAGGCUGGUGUGCACAGGGAACAAUGCUACCUCACCCAGCCACUGCCUUUCAGCAGGCGCUUCCUGACUCAGUACUCUAGCCAGGCACUUCAUGAGUAA